AUGCAGCUCAUCCUCCAUGACUGUCACAGAGAUAAGGGACCAAGAAAUAUAUUACUUCAGCAUCCCAAAGCACUUAUGAACUUCAAUGCUCCUCCAACUGUGCGGAUUGUACACUCAGGAUUGGCAUGUAAUAUUGAGGAGGAGCGCUAUUCAGAGAGAGUCUACACUAUCCGAGAGGGAGAAACUUUGGAACUGACUUGUCUAGUAACAGGCCAUCCACGUCCACAGAUCAGAUGGACCAAAACAGCAGGAAGUGCCUCUGAUAGAUUUCAGGAUUCAAGUGUCUUCAAUGAGACUUUGAGGAUUACAAAUAUUCAGCGACACCAAGGAGGCCGAUACUAUUGUAAAGCAGAAAAUGGUUUGGGAUCCCCAGCGAUAAAGUCAAUUAGAGUGGAUGUGUAUUAUUUGGAUGAUCCAGUAGUAACUGUUCAUCAAAGCAUUGGUGAAGCCAAAGAACAAUUUUACUAUGAGAGGACAGUAUUUCUUCGGUGUGUUGCCAAUUCCAAUCCACCUGUUCGGUAUAGCUGGAGGCGUGGCCAAGAAGUCUUACUGCAAGGAUCUGAUAAAGGAGUUGAAAUUUAUGAACCCUUCUUUACCCAGGUUCCUUAUUUUCUACAUUUCCAGGGUGAAACAAAAAUCUUAAAGUUAAAGAAUCUUCGACCUCAGGACUAUGCUAAUUAUAGCUGUAUUGCUUCAGUGAGGAGUGUAUGUAAUAUUCCUGAUAAGAUGGUAUCAUUUAAGCUCUCCAAUAAAACAGAAAAUCUGCUACUUAACUAUGGAUUUCCUAUCUUGUGCUCUGAAAUUGACUUAUUGCAGUCUUCCAUAAGCCCAGUUUCCACACACCAAGAACACAACACCAUCAGGCUCCAAUCACACCUGCAGAAAGCUUCUCCAUCCAUUAAACUCCUGGUGGAUGAUCCCAUAGUUGUAAAUCCUGGGGAAGCGAUAACUUUAGUAUGUGUUACAACAGGAGGUGAACCUACCCCUACUCUUACCUGGGUUAGGUUCAUUGGGACUCUUCCUGAAAAGACUGUACUGAAUGGAGGAACUUUAACCAUUCCUGCCAUCACAUCAGAUGAUGCUGGUACUUAUAGCUGCAUUGCCAACAAUAAUGUGGGAAAUCCAGCCAAAAAAUCCACCAGCAUCAUAGUGAGAGCAUUAAAAAAAGGACGGUUUUGGAUUACGCCAGAUCCUUAUCACAAAGAUGACACCAUUCAAAUUGGACGUGAGGUGAAAAUAUCUUGCCAAGUAGAAGCUAUUCCUUCUGAGGAAUUAAUAUUUAGUUGGUUUAAAAAUGGACGUCCCUUAAGAAGUUCUGAGCGGAUGGUUAUUACACAAACUGAUCCUGAUGUUUCCCCUGGAACCACAAACCUGGACAUUAUUGAUUUGAAAUUCACUGACUUUGGAACAUAUACAUGUGUAGCAUCCCUGAAAGGAGGAGGCAUAUCUGAUAUAAGUAUUGAUGUUAACAUAUCCAGCAGCACAGGGUCCCCACUUGUGGUCCAAGCCUACGCUCGAGAUCCUUGUCCACGCCUAGGGCACUGCCUUUACCUGCGCAGGCGCUCAGGGUCUGUAUUCAAACACAAUCUUCUCACUAAUAUUAUGAAGCCUAGUGAAUAUCUACGCUUAGGAAAGGCCUAUGCUCCUGAAUUCUAUUAUGACACCUAUAAUCCUGUGUGGCAAAACAGACAUCGAGUAUAUUCCUAUAGUUUACAGUGGACUCAAAUGAAUCCUAAUGCAGUGGACCGCAUUGUUGCAUAUCGUUUGGGUAUAAGGCAGGCUGGACAACAACGUUGGUGGGAGCAAGAGAUUAAAAUAAGUGGAAACAUUCAAAAAGGAGAACUAAUCACUUAUAAUCUGACUGAGUUGAUAAAGCCAGAGGCCUAUGAAGUUCGUCUGACCCCUCUUACCAAGUUUGGUGAGGGAGAUUCAACUAUUCGUAUCAUCAAAUAUAGUGCUCCUGUAAAUCCUCAUUUGCGUGAGUUUCACUGCGGAUUUGAAGAUGGAAACAUCUGCUUAUUCACUCAAGAUGACACAGAUAAUUUUGACUGGACAAAACAAAGUACUGCAACAAGAAAUACAAAGUAUACCCCAAACACUGGACCUAAUGCAGAUCGCACUGGAUCCAAAGAAGGUUAUUAUAUGUACAUUGAGACCUCUCGGCCCAGAUUAGAGGGGGAAAAAGCUCGAUUACUCAGUCCUGUUUUCAGCAUAGCCCCCAAAAAUCCUUAUGGAGCUACAAAUACAGCAUAUUGUUUUAGCUUCUUUUAUCACAUGUAUGGACAACAUAUAGGUGUUUUAAAUGUUUAUCUGCGUUUAAAAGGACAGACUACAAUAGAAAAUCCCCUAUGGUCUUCUAGUGGUAAUAAAGGACAGCACUGGAAUGAGGCCCAUGUUAAUAUAUAUCCAAUCACUUCAUUUCAGCUCAUCUUUGAAGGUAUUCGAGGCCCUGGCAUAGAAGGUGAUAUUGCCAUUGAUGAUGUAUCAAUUGCAGAAGGAGAAUGUGCAAAACAAGAUCUAGCAACAAAGAAUUCAGUUGAUGGCGCUGUUGGCAUUUUAGUACAUAUAUGGCUUUUCCCAGCUGUCGUCCUCAUCUCUAUCUUAAAUCCUCGAAGGUGA